AUGAAUUCCUCCUCGUCUUUUCCAUUCGACCUUCACCUGAAUACCCAACUGUCGGGAAACAACCAACUCGUUGCCGGCACUGCAGCAACUGCAGCUGUUGGAUUGCUUUGGUAUCUUCUCAAGACUGAUAGUAGCACCCUCAAGCGGGUAUCAGGUUGGCCCAUCAUCGGACAAUGGGCCUUCUUCACCAAACGUCAUGAUUUCCUGAAAGAAGGAUUUGAUAGCUUACCAAAUGAGACUGCCUUUGGUUUCAACAUAUUGAGGCACCAAGUUGUAGCACUCAGAGGAGAACAGGCCCGCAAAGUAUUUUUUGAUAAGAAGGACCUUAGCUUCAGUGAAGGCUAUCGCCUCUUAUUCGGUGGGGGACCGAACGUGAAGGACAUCGUCGCAGACGAAGUUGAGAGGAACGAUCAAGAAAGUCUGUCGUUUUUCCUUCGUCGGCUAUCACCUCUUCUCAGGAUGGAUCGUCUGGCAGACCUCACCCCAUCUUUCAUGUCUGAUAUUGAACGAAAUACGGUCAACUGGGGCGAGACCGGCAAAUUCGAUCCAUUCGAAGUAAUCUAUUCAGUAGUUUUUCAGCUUACUAUUCGAGCUGCUGCCGCCCGGGAGAUAGCAGACUCGGUUGAAAAAUGCAAAGAGCUGGAGCAAUUAUAUUGGCGUGUUGAGACGGGCACGACGCCUACAUCUGUUCUUCUCCCGUGGCUACCAUCUGACGCUCGAAAGCGGAAGGUUUCAGCUACAGGAGAAAUCUAUAACUUAUUUGAUGGUAUUAUCAAAGCGCGCCGAAGCGAAGAUCGCCGAGAAGAAGAUGCACUGCAGGUUCUUAUGGACCUUGGUGACUCGACUACGGAGGUUAUCACUUUCAUUAUGUCUGUCCUUUUCGCCGGCAUAGUCAAUAGCGGACUGAUGAGUGCUUGGAUCUUUAUCUUCCUGGAUCAAGAGCCGCAGUGGAAACAAAAGGUAGUCGAAGAACUUCAAGGUUUGCUCAACAAGUACGCUCCGGUAUCGGAGAGCUAUGGAACAGUCGGAGAGCGUCUAUCGAAGAUUCCUCCUCAGGGAUGGGAAAAUGAAAUGCCCAUUUUGGAAGCGUGCCUACGUGAGACUAUCCGCUUGAUUGCUUCUGGGGCACUAUUGCGCCGGGUUGUCAAUGGCGAUCUGGAACUUGGAGGAAGGAAGAUUCCAAAUGGCUCCUUCCUCGUUUACUCUGCGGGGGAGACUCAUAAUAACCCCGAGAUCUAUCCUAACCCUACCAAAUUUGACCCGAGCCGGUAUUCGUCUGGACAAGAUAAAUCUCAGGCCCAUGCCUUCCUCGGAUGGGGCUAUAUGCGCUCUUUUUUGACCUUGUAUGACUACGAGAUUGUGGAUUCUGUUGACAAAAAGCCAGAUCCAUCUGUUACUGUUCCAGACAGGAACAACAUCUACCAAGCGCGACCGAAAGAUCAAACAUUCUAUGUCAAAUACACAAAGCGCGAGAGGCAACUCUAG